AUGGAAACACUUGAGGAUGUUGUGAGUUUCAGCUCAGUGGAUUUGAGUCUUCCUGAGGACAGCGAGGCUCCCCGGUCCUACCACAAUGAUCAGACAUGACUGGACAACUGGCUGCAUGGAAACAAACAGAGACGUCGAAGGAAGCAGACUGACUGAAGGCCAGAAGAUGAGUGUUUGUGUGGAGGAAGAGGAGGACAGAGCAGAGUCUCCAGGAUCCAGCUGUCCGUCUCUGAAGAGUGACUGGUCCAAACGAAGCAAUCCAUUCUUCAGUAAUGAACCUGGACCCUCAGACACAAAAGUUCAGUCCAACAGACAGAGAGCAGAGUCUCCAGGAUCCAGCUGUCGGUCUAUUAAGAGUGACCGGUCCAAACGAAGCAAUCCAUUCUUCAGUAAUGAACCUGGACCCUCAGACACAAAAGAGAGGAAGAGGAGUCGUGUUUCUGUGGAGGAGCAGCCGUCCUGCUGUGCUUUGUGUCAGGACGUCCUGAAGGAUCCGGUCUCUACCAGCUGUGGACACUGGUUCUGCAGACGGUGCAUCACCUCAUACUGGGACCAGUCUGCUUCAUCAGGAGACUCCUCCUGUCCCCAGUGUGGAGACAGAUCCAGAACAAGACCUGGACUGCAGACAGCCAGUCAGACCAGCACUGUACAAACAGAUAGUGGUCUGCAGGAGGUUUUAGAUGAACAUAAGAUCAGUCUGAGGAGGAGAUGUGAACAUGUGACUGAAGGAAGUGAUGAAACAGGAAGAGGAACCCUCCUCAACAGGAUCUACACUGAGCUCUACAUCACAGAGGGACAGAGUGAAGAGGUUAAUACCCAACAUGAGGUGAGGCACCUUGAGACAGCUUCCAAGAUGGAGACCCUCCAUGACACUCCAAUCAAGUGCCACGACAUCUUUAAAGCCUUACCCGGCCAACAGGGACACAUCAGAGUCGUUCUGACGAACGGCGUCGCUGGCGUUGGAAAAACCUUCUCGGUGCAGAAGUUCACUCUGGACUGGGCAGAGGGCUUGGAAAACCAAGACGUCAGUCUGCUGAUUCUGCUUUCGUUCAGGGAGGUGAACUUGAUCAGAGAUGAGCGGUACAGUCUUCUCCAGCUGCUCCAUGUUUUCCAUCCAACAUUACAGAAGCUCACAGCAAAGAAGCUCGCUGUCUGUAAACUUCUGUUCAUCUUUGACGGCCUGGAUGAAAGCAGACUUUCACUGGAUUUCCACAACAAUGAGGUCGUGUCUGAUGUCACACAGGAGUCAUCAGUCAACGUGCUGCUGUCAAACCUCAUCGGGGAUCUGCUUCCCUCGGCUCUCGUGAUCACUUCCCGACCUGCAGCAGCCAAUCAGAUCCCUCCUUCAUGUGUUGACAGGGUAACAGAAGUACGAGGCUUCACUGACGCCCAGAAGGAGGAGUACUUCAGGAGGAGAGUCAGUGAUGAAGAGCUGUCCAGCAGAAUCAUCUCGCACAUCAAGACAUCCAGGAGCCUCCACAUCAUGUGUCUAAUCCCAGUCUUCUGCUGGAUCACUGCUACAGUUCUGGAGCACAUGUUGACUACAGACCAGAGAGGAGAGCUGCCCAAGACCCUGACUGACCUGUACUCACACUUCCUGCUGGUUCAGACAAAGAGGAAGAAGCAGAAGUAUGAUGAGGGUCAUGAGACGAGUCCACAGGAGCUGACGGAGGCUGACAGGGAAGUUCUUCUGAAGCUGGGGAGGCUGGCGUUUGAACAUCUGGAGAAAGGAAACCUCAUGUUCUACCAAGAAGACCUGGAGCAGUGUGGUCUGGAUGUCUCAGAGGCCUCGGUGUACUCAGGAGUUUGUACAGAGAUCUUCAGAAGAGAGAGUGUGAUCUUCCAGAAAACAGUCUACUGCUUUGUUCAUCUGAGCAUUCAGGAGUUUCUGGCUGCAGUCUACAUGUUCCACUGUUACACCGACAGCAACACAGAGGUACUGGAGGACUUCCUGGGGAAGACAUCCCUGGAUUUCUUCCUGAUGAGAGCCAUAGAGAAAUCCUUUAAAAGUGAAAAUGGCCACCUGGACCUGUUUGUUCGGUUCCUUCAUGGCCUCUCUCUGGAGUCCAACCAGAGACUCUUAGGAGGCCUGCUGGGUCGGACAGACAACAGUCCAGAAAUCAUCCAGAGAGCCAUCAACAACCUGAAGGAGAUGAACAGUGAGGAUAUCGCUCCUGACAGAAGCAUCAACAUCUUCCACUGUCUGACGGAGAUGAACGACCACUCAGUCCAUCGGGAGAUCCAAGAGUUCCUGAAGUCAGAGAACAGAUCAGAGAAGGAACUCUCUGAGAUCCACUGCUCAGCUCUGGCCUACAUGCUGCAGAUGUCAGAGGAGGUUCUGGAUGAGUUGGACCUGAAGAAGUACAACACAUCAGUGGAGGGACGACAGAGACUGAUUCCAGCUGUGAGGAACUGCAGAAAGGCUGUACUUUCUGGCUGUGGACUCUCAGAGACGCACUGUGAAGUCGUGGCCUCAGCUCUGAAGUCCAACCCCUCCCAUCUGAGAGAGCUGGACCUGAGUUACAACAAGCUGCAGGGUUCAGGAGUGAAGCUGCUGUCUGCUGGACUGGAGAGUCCACACUGUAGACUGGAGACUCUGAGAUUGAGUGGCUGCAGUUUGUCAGAGAUCAGCUGUGCUUCUCUGGUCUCAGCUCUGAAGUCCAACCCCUCCCAUCUGAGAGAGCUGGACCUGAGUGACAACAAGCUGCAGGAUUCAGGAGUGAAGCUGCUGUGUGGUUUUCUGGAGAGUCCACACUGCAGACUGGAGACUCUGAGAUUGAGGGGCUGCAGUUUGUCAGAGACCAGCUGUGCUUCUCUGGCCUUAGCUCUGAAGUCCAACCCCUCCCAUCUGAGAGAGCUACAGCUGAGCUACAACUACAUUCAGGAUUCAGAAGUGAAGCAGCUGUGUGAUUUUCUGGAGAGUCCAAACUGCAGACUGGAGACUCUGAGAUUGAGGAAGUGCAGUUUGUCAGAGAUCAGCUGUGCUUCUCUGGUCUCAGCUCUGAAGUCCAACCCCUCCCAUCUGAGAGAGCUGGAGCUGAGUGGAAACAAGCUGCAGGAUUCAGGAGUGAAGCUGCUGUGUGAAUUUCUCGAGAGUCCACACUGCAGACUGGAGACUCUGAGAUUGAGGUGCUGCAGUUUGUCAGAGAUCAGCUGUGCUUCUCUGGUCUCAGCUCUGAAGUCCAACCCCUCCCAUCUGAGAGAGCUAGAGCUGGGCUACAACAACAAGCUGCAGGAUUCAGGAGUGAAGCUGCUGUGUGAUUGUCUGGAGAGUCCACACUGCAGACUGGAAAUUCUGGGAUUGUGGAGCUGCAGUUUGUCAGAGAUCAGCUGUGCUUCUCUGGUCUCAGCUCUGAAGUCCAACCCCUCCCAUCUGAGAGAGCUGGACCUGAGUGACAACAAGCUGCAGGAUUCAGGAGUGAAGCUGCUGUGUGAUUUUCUGGAGAAUCCACACUGCAGACUGGAGACUCUGAGAUUGAGGGCCUGCAGUUUGUCAGAGAUCAGCUGUGCUUCUCUGGCCUCAGCUCUGAAGUCCAACCCCUCCCAUCUGAGAGAGCUGGAGCUGAGUGAAAACAACCUGCAGGAUUCAGGAGUGAAGCUGCUGUCUGCUGGACUGGAGAGUCCACACUGCAGACUGGAGACUCUGAGAUGGCAGUGGUGAUCUCUAUCAGAAUGUGAGGAAUCAGAAAUGUGGUUGUGUUGAGAGGACCAGCUGUGUCCUGAUGAUCCAGAGGUUGAAGCAGCAGCUGGUGUGUGGAGAGGCUCUGACUGGGCCAUGUUACUGGGAGGUGGAGUGGAGAGGAGAGCUUCACCCAGCAGUGACUGACGGAGGAAUCACAACAAGUGGAGAUGAGUGUCAGUGCUGCAGUCUGAACUGCUCUGAGAUCAGCUCCACUGUCAGACACAAAGGCAAGUCCACCAUCGUCCCUGUGUGUUCCUCUGGAUGUGACAGAGUAUCGUCAGUGUAUCUGGACUCUUUGCUGCUGCUCUGUCCUUCUACACCGUCUCUGCAGACACACUGAGACUCCUCCACUCCUUCUGCUCCACACUCAGCCACCUCCUCCACCUGCACCUGGACUUUAUUUUGGCUUUUUUAUUAUUAUUCAUUCAGAUAUUCUGAACCCAAAGUGCCUCUGCAGCUUUGUUCUGUUUAUGACAACAUAAAUGCAGAUUAACACGUAUUUUAAUGGAUUUUUCUGUUUUGCUCUCUGUUGCAUCUCCACCAUGUGGAAACAUGGUGAAUUGUAGUUAAUUCCCACUUUAUAUUUCUAAUUAAUUUUGGAAGUUGAUGUGAGAAAGCAGCAUCCAGCCUGCAUGCAUAAAGUUACCGCUCUGAAGUUCUGUUUUUCACCACCAAUGCCAGACUUUUCUCACAGUUUAACAGAUGAUUGUUUGUAACACACUUUGUAAAAUAGUCUCUUUUUCUAGUAUAUCCCAACAGAUUGUGUUAUUGCAGAAAACUGAACUAAAGAACUGAAGUCUGGUGAUAAUUAUCUGAGCGUUUGUCACUAUGAACGACCUCUUUCACUUUCACGUCGUCAGAUGAUCCAAAGUUAAUGUAAAAAUAUUGAUUAGAGAAGCUUUCAGUUAAUGAAAAUCUCUUGAUUUUGGUGAAAAGACUCUUAAGCUUUGGUCACACACUGAACACCAGAACAUUUUAAUAACUUGUUAUAUAUUUUUUUGUCACAUCACACCUGUUUCAGGCUCUUUACAUUGGCUCCCUGUUUGUUUUAGGAUUGAUUUUAAGAUCUUAUUGAUUACUUUUAAGGCUCUUCAUGGCUCCAGGCUAUAUUUUAGACCUUGUAAUCCCUUAUGAACCUUCACGUAGUUUGAGAUCUUCGGGCAGGGGUCUCCUGUCUCAUCCUUAGUCCAGGAUGGAAACUAAGGGGGACAGAGCCAAUUUGCCUGAAGACAUUAGGUUGUCUGAGUCAGUUUCUCUUGUUGUGAAGCACUUUGUACUUUAUUUAUAGAGCACUUAUCAAAACAAAGUUUUAUUAUUAUUAUUAUUAUGUCUGUUUGUAAUCUGACAAGAAAACUCUUAAGCUUUGGUCACACACUGAACACCAGAACAUUUUAAUAACUUGUUAUAUAUUUUUUCGCUUUUUGAAUUAAUCAGCAAAACACAACAUAAAAUGACUAUAAAUAACUAUAAACUGUAGUGUCAUUAUUUCUGAUUAAGAUGAUGUACAUGUAUAUAUUUGUUCGGUUUACUCAUAUCGUGACAAUUUUGUAUUAUUGCAGAAAAAGCACAAAUCCUGAUAUUCAAAUCCCAUCUUACUUCUCAUGUGAUGUAAAUCUCCACAGUCCAGCUUCUAUAAAGAUAAAUGUCCUGCA